AUGGCUUAUGUUGCCAGUCCCAUCAGAUUGGCAACUUCAGAAGCAAAUCCGCCUAUCCUCAGCGCCCCAGCCACCAAACCGGCCGCUCUCAGCGUUGGUCCCCCCCGAACAGGUUCCUACUCUAUGUGUCUCGCCCUCUCAGAGCUAGACAACCUUGAGCACUGGAUGUUCUUCGGCGAAGCCUUAAACCGACUCUUCCCAACCCUCCAAUCCUAUAACGGAAAGGGCAUGGUGGCAGAAGACUGGGAUCAGCUCUUCGGACCAUGCGAAGCCAUCACCGAUAUUGCAGGCCCUUUUUCUGAGUCUCUUAUUCGGAACUAUCCUGACGCCAAGGUUAUCCUUUGCGAAAGGCCAUUCGACCGCUGGGAACCAUCAGUCACGCAGCUAUUGAAGUCGAACUUUGAUCCAGUGCAGAACUUCAUCCGCGACUGGGUCGAGCCUCUUACACGAGGUAAAGGGCAGACUUCAUAUAACGUUGACGAAGCCAUUUCCAAUCUACGUGUAAUAUACGACAGACACAACGAUACCGUCAAAGAACUCGUUCCCCCUGAGAAUCUGUUACUGUACAAGCUUAGUCCUGGGUGGGAGCCCCUGUGCGAGUUUCUCAGAAGAGAUGUUCCAGAUGUACCGUUUCCACGUGUCAAUGAAGGGUCUGCACUUGCGAGAACGAUUUGGAAGAAGCAAUCCUGUCAGAUCGUUGCGCACCUAGAUGAGAAUGUAAUAAUCCGCAUGUACCUAUAG